AUGGCCGCCGACUUACAAAUGGACAUGAACUACGGCAUAAUGACGGUCAACUCGCAGAUCAUGUACAAGCCGACCAACCAGUGCGAAGACCCGGAGCCCGACAACGACCACGAGGUGUACGUGGGCAACUUGCCCAUUCACUACACCAUCGAGAAAUUCGUAAACUUCGCGAAGUAAGCGUCUACACGACAACCUUGCAAAGAGCCCGGCGCCGACGGUUCGCGGGGAUGGGCUUCCGAAAAACCGAUAAUUACGCGAAGACAAAAUUGACCAACCCGCAAUACAACAAACCGACGACCAGUCGGCCAAUUUUAUUUCAUAAUAUCCAUAUUACCCAAUUGAAAAUUCGCACGCGAAAUAAUUUAAUAAUUUUGUUUCCAAUCGAUUUGUAUGUAACAGUAAUACGAUAAUUAUUGCAUUUCGAGUUUUCUACAUGUUUUUUACAAAUCGACGGACAAUUACAACACUCGCUCAGCUGACUUGGCGUCCAUAUGAUUGAAUUUCAAAGAACAUAUGUGAUCGAUCAGCUGUGUAUCGCUAGCUAUUUCGCUUUCAUUCGGUUAACUUUUUUUAUAGUUUUGAUUUUACUAAGAUGUUUAUUAUUAUUUUCCUUCUUUCAUUCUUCCUGUCUUCUAGCCUGUGGACAUUUGAAAGUUCAAGUUGUUUAGGUUGUAUUUUAAAAAGGUCAUUUUUCGAGGUCAUAUUUUAAAUAAAAUCACUUAAAUGGGAAAAAAACGUAGGAAAACGUGCAGUGACACGAUUUUAUUAUUUUAUAAAAAAACGUAUGACGUUUUCUACCAAAAAAAAAAAUGAUUUAAUCGAAAAAUCACGCGACACCUUUUUUGUUGCCUUUUUGAUUUACAUUCUUUACAUACUUCUGAGCUUAUAAGGAAUUUUAAUUUUUGGAAUUUUUUUUGCUGUAAUUCGGUUAUUAAUACACGUAGAGACUUGAAACUUGGCAAUAAUACUUAUAUUGGACUUACCUAGACGUGGUAAAAUUUCCAAAAUUAUCGGAUGAUUUUUUUUUUUUAAUAAACGUUUUGAAAUCAAAUUUUAAGUUAUGUAUUACCGAACUGCGCUCGGAAUCGUCUUUCGUCAAGCAACGGUUUAUCAUUGCUUACAGAUAUAAAUGACAUAACCUUAUGUAUCCUACCUUCACAUCACAUUUUCUCACUUAUAACAGUGGUCGAUCCCAUCCUCAGUAUCAGCUCUUUUUUUUUUAAUGAAACUAUGAAUAGGAAUACUAUUUUUUUAUGCUACCAAAAUAAAAUAAAAAUUAUACAAUUAUUUUUAAGUUCUUUAUCUACCCAAGUAGGCAUAUUUUAGACACGUUUUGAUAAUUGAAUAUAGGUGUUCAGGUUCAGGUAAAAACUUACAUUUUAAUGAAAUUGAUUUUCACUAGGUACCUAAAUUUGUUUUUUUUUUUUUCUUAAAUGUAUAUUUGGAUGAAAUAUACCAUUUUAAAGUUUACAAAUCUUAAAUUGAAUGUAAAAUAACUAUUAGAUAUUAAAAAAUAAAAAUACUGAAUACAAAUAUUUUAAAACCAAAAAUGGAUGAUUUAUUUUUUUUUUUAUGGAAUUUUCUAAUUUGAGUUUGUUUAUUUUAUUUUAUUAUUGAUUCAAAUUUUCCCAUACUGAAUAGGUGAGUACUCGUUUCGUUUGUAGGUACAUACCUUUAAAUACUUUUCCUUUAAUAAAUAAAUAAAUAAAUACCUACCUAAGACAAGACAAUCAAUAAUUCGAAAUACAUCAGAGUAAACUAAGUUUUAAUCAAAAUCAUUUUUUAAUAAUUGAUAGAUAGAUGUUAUGUCAUUUGUAUAUGUAUAUAAUAUAUAUUUAUAUCUAUACAAUAUAUUUAUAGUUUCAUUUGUAAUCAAUGUAAAUAAUUGAUAAAAGACAAGUUGGCAUCUACCUAUUGUUCUGAAAGAAAGACAUGUGCCCAACACCUUUAAAUUUAUCUGACUUUUUGUGUUUUGUUUUAUUUUUUUUUUAAUUAACUCAGAAAUAUUAAAUUUUACUGUUCUUACUUAAUGUAUUUAUGGCUUUAAAUAACAUUAAAACAUAAUACAAUUUAUAAGUUUAUUUAAAACUAUUUUUCAUUCAGUUUCUGAAUAAGUAUAAGCAAAUUGAAUAUAUCAGUUAAUUUUUGGUUUAAAUAUAAAAUAAUGAACCAUUUUUCAUUAACAAUAGUACUAUAAUAAAAAACAUAAUAAUAUAUUUACCUAAAUAUAUAAACAUUUUACUUAGUUAUCUUUUUUUUUUGUAAAUAAUAGUGAGUUUAUUAUUUAUUUUACUAUAUAUUUACUACACAAUUGUAUGAUUAGAUAAUGAACUUUUUAUACAAAGUACUGGAGUAUAAACAUUGAAACAGUUUAAAAUAGUAGUUUAUUUUUAUUAACUUUAAUAACCAAUCAAAUGACAAACCCACUAACCUACCAAUCAAAAUACUGUUUCGGUCUAAAGCAAGUUCAAGCUGUCUUUCAGUAUAAUGUAAUAAUGUUUUAAUUAGAGGAAAUUUGGUUGGAUAUCCUUAUAAAUUAGGAUAGGUAUAGUUUAUUUUAUGAAAAUUAUAGAACAUAGAGUACAAUAAAUAUAUUUAAUAAAAUAAUUGCCCACCUAUGGUAUUUUUCAAAUUAUUUACUAUGUAUAUUUAUAUUUUGUUUUUUAGAAAGUCUGGUUCAAUUUACAGUGUGCGUCUAUUAAAAGGAGGUGGAGGCUUAAAUAAGGGUUUUGGUUACAUAAUGUAUAGACAUUUAGCUGCAGUUGACAUUGCCAUAGAAACGUUUAAUGGAAUUUUUCUGACAGAAAGUGAUACCAACAAACCUUUAAUUGUACAAAAGAGUCUACGCAAUACUAUUAUGAUGAUUUAUGGACUGUCUCAAAAAAAUAACAAUAAAUAUUACAUUAGGAAUGUAUGAAUUGCCAGUUUUAUUUAAUUUUCUUUAAAAAUUAAUAAUGAUUUUUAUGGUUUAAGGAAAUUAAUUAUUUUGUAAUAAAUCACCCAUCGCUUGUGUUGAAAUUUGAAUGUGAAGACGACACCAAGAUGUUUUUGUCCUUUAAAUCAUUAAAGUAAUGUAUAGAAAAUUAAGUAAAUGUAAAACGUUUCAAUUACAUUAAUUUUUUUGUGUGUGUAAUUUAGGGCAGCUCAAAUUUUUAAGAAAAAACUUAAAGAUUCAUUUAAUAUGUUUGGAGCUAAAAUGUACUAUUUUAAUGACAUAGAAAAUUGGGUAAGUUAUUUUUAA